CUCCUGCCUCAGACCCACACACACACACCCCCGACCACGAGUAACCAUGGCUCAGCAACCAGUCAGUCUUCCUGCAAAGCUCAUUAACGGAGGCGUAGCAGGGAUGGUCGGAGUCACGUGUGUGUUCCCCAUCGAUUUGGCCAAAACGAGACUUCAGAAUCAACGCAGCAGCCAGCAAGUGUACAAAAACAUGAUGGACUGUCUGAUCAAGACGGUUCGGUCUGAAGGCUAUUUCGGCAUGUAUAGAGGAGCAGCAGUCAAUUUGACCCUGGUGACCCCCGAGAAGGCCAUUAAACUAGCCGCUAACGACUUUUUCCGUCAUCAACUCAGCAAAGGAGACUCCAGAUUGAGUGUAUUUAAAGAGAUGCUGGCAGGAUGUGGAGCGGGAGUGUGUCAGGUGAUCAUAACCACACCCAUGGAGAUGCUCAAAAUUCAACUUCAGGAUGCAGGAAGGCUUGUGGCUCAGAGGAAUGUAGCUGUGAUCCCGGCUCUGAAGUUCGGAGCAGGAAGCACGGUGAUAAACUGUGCCUACAGCCUCGGACCAACCACACACAUCAGAAGAACCUCGGCCCUACAGAUCACACAGGAGUUACUGCGCACUCACGGCGUUCAGGGACUUUAUAAAGGACUCGGAGCCACGCUAAUGAGGGAUAUUCCAUUUUCCGUCAUCUACUUCCCUCUGUUUGCUCACCUGAACCAGUUGGGAAAACCAUCAGAGGCUGAAAACGCGCCGUUUUAUUGGAACUUCGCUUCAGGCUGUGGUGCUGGAUGUGUAGCUGCUAUCGCAGUCAGUCCCUGUGAUGUGGUGAAGACAAGGCUGCAGUCGCUCAGUACAGGCGCACACGAGGAGACGUACAGCGGGGUGAUGGACUGUGUCAGUAAGAUCAUCCGUAAAGAAGGCCCCGCUGCUCUUCUGAAGGGUGCCGGCUGCAGAGCGCUCGUCAUCGCGCCGUUAUUCGGCAUCGCACAGGUCGUUUAUUUCAUCGGAGUUGGGGAAUUCGUCCUGGGACGGUUUCCCAACUUCAGAUUCUAAAUGCCAUAAAGUCAGACAUCGGAACCAGGUGAACAUUAAAGAUGAAAGUCUGAGGCAGCUACACUGUGACCAUUUGGAGAAUGACAUGCUGUGAGUUAGAGAUUUUCUAUGGAAAUGCUAACGUUAGCAUCUUACAGGUGGCUUUAUUAAGAAGCUGGGACAAUCUUGUUUUUAUAAA